CACUCGAGAACGCAAAAUCCUGGCCGUCUAGGAAGCUUGGGCCUUUGAGGCUCAAUAACCUUACGAGUGGCUUGCUCGAACCACAAAUUACUCCCAUAGAUAUAAGAAUAUAAAACAAUGAUCUUCGAGUUUGCAAGAAAAGCACUGUCCGUUAAAGUGCAUAUCUCGAAAAUAGGAAAACCCUCGCGAUCUGGAUUCUGAAAAGGAGGUUGAGGAUAUUGAAAUAACAGUUGAAGAAAUCUGGGCUAGGCGCGUAUUUGCGAGACGAAAUUGAGAAACAACUCCUGGGGAUCAUGGCCGGUACGAAGCGCACUCGCUCACCUUCACCUCCAAAUUCUUACCUUUACUCAAAUAAGAAAUCGAAUUCCGUGAUAGAAGCGCGCGUAGAUCCAAUCUAUGGGCAGCGAAGUGCGCUUCCCGCAGAUGAUUAUUCUCUCAGCUUAGACGAGGACGGUAUAGAUGCCUUGAACUAUUUGAGAUCAGUUAGAGCCGAAGCAGAGGACCUCCCACCCAUCUUCUACGCUCCCGCAGAGACUGCGAGCUCCAAUAAUAAUGGCGAGUACGAUCGAUCGAUAUAUGAGAGUGGCGUGGGCGACUUUAGAGGACAUUAUGAGGAUGGUGCUUAUUAUGCAGCAGCCGAAGUUGAAGACGAAAUGGAGGAUGAGGUACACGAUGGCCAAGAUCCUCGAUCGGCGUACUUCAACUCUAUCUUGACGCGAUUCGAAACCCUACGAGACAAACUGCACCAAGUUCCUCCAGCAGACCUAGUAAAAAAUCUAGAUGCAGAUCAUCCCACAUAUCUAAGCGUAUUGAACACCAAGCUUUGUAGGUGGUGGAGAUGGAAGAUGAAGACGGUUGAUCCGCUGCCUGUGCAGAUCGCAAGUAUGGAUAAGGUCACAGUUCUGAGACUACUGAGGCUCCUAUUGACUGGCACGUUGUUGCAAUGUGGCUCUGAUAUCAAUUUGAAGGUCAGUAUGUGGAUCUGGGCAUUGUUAGCGAGGCUUCCGGUAAGAGGGGAGCUGAGUAGUGAUGAGAUAGGAGUUGUAAGGGAAUUAGGAAAAAAAGCCGUGAUGCUUGGUGUUGGAUUGAAGGCGGGUAGUGACUUGAAAGAGGGCUUGGAUGAGGUGGAGAAGGUAUUUGAGGCCGAUAAUGAGGUCGAAACUGUGGAUGAUGAAAAUGCCACUAGCUCCAAAGAUGAGAACACAGAGAGGAUUGACGAUCAGCCGGAAGUGGAGCUCCAAGUAACACAGAACAGCAGUAAUACCUCGCUGAUAUUAGACUCGACGGACAACUCUAUGAUGUCAACGAUAACAGCAAAGCCUAUUACUCCGGAAGAAGAUGCCGCGGAAGCGGCACCAGAAGCCCAUGAACUAGAAGCACUCAAAGCCCGCUUACUCGCUAAUCUCGCUUCAAAUCCGCUUGCUGGUCCCACAGCAAUCGCAGGUCCUCAGCCGCUCGAAGCAGAAGAAUCUACCCCCUCCACAACCAAAUCGGCAGUGCUCACACCAGGACAAGCAUCUGAUUGGAAUACCAGAGCGACAAUUGACAUGAUUCUCACGAUUGCAGGUGAGAUGUACGGACAGAGAGAUCUGCUGGAGUUUAGGGAAGUAUGGGGUGAGUAGGACUCCCUCGAGCUGCCUAAUAACAACAUUUGAUCCGUUUUGGCAGCCAAAGAUUCAUCUAGCAAAAGUGCGUCAAACGCAUUUCAAUGUGUGGUGAAAACAAGUAGAGCUUAAUCUUUGCAUUAUUUUCUAGCUCUAGCCUGAAGUGUUAUGCGUGGCUGUAAGUAUCUUUGUAGUAGGUUUUGCGGCAAGUAAUAUUUCUUUAGAUGCACAUGAGGCGAACCAGCUUGCUUCUCAUGAGCUGAAUAUAACACCAGUUUUUAUUGUCA